AUGGCAGCAUCACCACGCCUUCUCCUCGCUCUGAGACGGCCUUUGAUAUGCUGCCACCCUUGCAAUAUCGGCAUGAGGCGCAUAGCAACGAGCGCUGCCGAGGCCGCCUCAAAAAUGACGGAUACGUUUGCCAACAAGGUAUUUACAACGCGCCAGCUCCUUGACGCCAAUCAGCUGCAGAAACUCAGCUUGACCUUGGGACGGCGAGAAUUGUACCCAGGUCUCGAUAUUUCUGCUGAACCCCCACCGGCCAAAACCCCGGUCCCCCCGGGUUAUCACCUUGUCUACUUUACGCCAGGUGGCCUCGAGAGUGAACUGGGACCAGACGGUACCGACCGCACUUUCAACUCUCCCGCGCCAUUCACAAGGCGGAUGUGGGCUGGUGGAAAGAUGACUUGGCCGGCGGGCCCGGCCCAGCUGCGCGUCGGAGAGGUUGCCGAGGAGCGGACAAAGCUGUUGAGCGCCGUUCCCAAAAAGAGUCGCGACGGCGGCGAGAUGGUGCUGGUACAAGUCGAAAAGGAGUUCUGGGGCAAAGACGGACUGGCACUGACGGAUCAACGGUCUUGGGUUUUCCGGCCAGAACUGGAGGCGGCAACUGAGCCCGUAGCCAAGCCAGUAGAGGGCAAGGUGAAGAGAGGACCAUCAACAUUGGUGGAUGAGCAAGCAGAGGGUCAUGCAUAUCCGCUUCGGAAACUGUACUGGUCACCAGUUGGCCUCUUUCGCUUCUCAGCUCUGACUUUUAACGGUCACAAGAUCCACUACGACGAAAGCUGGACUCAGAGCGUGGAAAAUCACCCUGCACAGGUUGUCCACGGGCCGCUCAACCUAAUUAGCAUGCUUGACUAUUGGCGAGAUGUGGUGGGAAAAGGCGAGGUGGGUGAAAUCAGUUAUCGGGCAAUGUCGCCGCUCUACGCCGGCGAUACUUAUCAGAUCCGCACAUCGAACCCCGUUGAUACAGAAGAUGGCUCGCCGUGGGAAAUAUUGGUCGAGAAAGAUGGUAAGACAUGCAUGAAAGGUGCAAUUACUGAAAAGUCAUAA